GUAUAGAGCAGUUGCGUCCUGGAGCCGUGUUCAGGGAAUUGGAAUCCCUAUGAUCACUGCUAUUGAAAUUUUCUCCAUUUGGCUUCUGUCCUUUAUACUGGCUAUUCCAGAAGCAAUUGGUUUUGCUGUGGUACCUUUCAGGUACAAGGAUGAAGGUUAUGUUACCUGCAUGCUCAAUCCUACAAAUAGUUUUAUGUUGUUUUACAAAGACGCAAAGGAUUGGUGGCUGUUUGGUUUCUAUUUCUGCAUGCCGCUGGCAUGUACUGCCAUCUUUUAUACACUAAUGACUUGUGAAAUGUUAAACAGAAGAAACAGCAACUUGAGAAUUGCUCUCAGUGAACACCUUAAGCAGCGUCGAGAAGUUGCAAAGACAGUUUUCUGUUUAGUAGUGAUUUUUGCUCUUUGCUGGUUCCCUCUCCACUUGAGCCGAAUUUUGAAGAAAAUGGUAUACAAUGAAAAAGACCCCGGCAGAUGUGAACUCCUCAGUUUCUUGCUGCCAUUGGAUUAUAUCAGCAUCAACCUGGCAACCAUGAACUCUUGCAUAAAUCCAAUAGCUCUGUAUUUUGUGAGCAAGAAGUUUAAAAACUGUUUCCAGUCAUGUCUUUGCUGUUGCUGCUCCCAGUCUAAGAGUCUAGUGACUUCAGUGCCCAUGAAUGGAACAAGUGUUCAGUGGAAAAACCAAGAACUAAACAAUCACAAUACAGAUCGAAGCAGCCAUAAAGACAGCAUAAACUGAGAAUUAAGGACUCUGAGAUCACUUCAGAAUUAAACAGGAAAAAAAAAGUCACAACAAAGCUAUCGCAAGAGGAAGCCCAGUAACUGUUCCAUAAUCAAUUCAGACAAUGUGCACCCUUGUACCUAAUUCUAGAGGUGACC